GGCAGUAUCCGCAGGUAAAUGUUCCUGAAGACCUAGCAGACAAGUUGCUCCUUGCAAGCUGGGGUCUUCCCAAAGCAGUUCUGGAGAAAUACCACAGCCUGGGAGUAGUACAGAUGUUUGAAUGGCAAGCAGAAUGCCUAAUGCUCGGACAAGUUCUGGAAGGCAAGAACCUAGUUUACUCAGCUCCUACCAGUGCUGGAAAGACUCUUGUUGCAGAAUUGCUUAUUUUGAAGCGAGUCCUGGAGACUCGUAAGAAAGCUCUUCUCAUCCUUCCCUUUGUGUCUGUGGCCAAGGAGAAAAAAAAUUAUCUGCAGGCCCUGUUUCAGGAGGUGGACGUGAGAGUUGAAGGCUACAUGGGAAGCAUGGCUCCUGCUCGACACUUCUCUGCCCUGGAUGUUGCUGUCUGCACCAUUGAGAAAGCCAAUGGUCUUGUCAAUAGACUGAUAGAAGAGAACAAAAUGGACUCACUGGGAGUGGUGGUUGUGGAUGAGUUACACAUGCUGGGAGACUCUCACCGAGGAUAUCUGCUGGAACUCCUUCUGACCAAAGUUAGAUAUGUCACAGAGAAGGUGGCAAAGCGACAGGCGAAGAUGACCAGCUCUGGUUUUGGUGGGAUACAGAUAGUAGGCAUGAGCGCCACCCUUCCCAACUUGGGGCUCCUGGCCUCAUGGUUAGAUGCCGAGCUGUACUGUACAGAUUUUCGCCCUGUGCCCCUCAAGGAGUGGGUGAAAAUUGGCAGCAAUAUUUAUGACUCCACCAUGAAUUUAGUGCGAGAAUUCCGGCCCAAGCUUCAACUGAAGGGAGAUGAAGACCAUGUUGUGAGCCUGUGUUACGAGACUGUUUGUGAUGGCCAUUCAGUCCUACUUUUCUGUCCAUCCAAGAACUGGUGUGAGAAGCUGGCAGACAUCAUUGCCAGGGAAUUCUACAAUCUGCAACAGGCUGAGAGUUCUGCAAAAAACUCAGCCCUUGCCCCAGUUGUUGUGGACAGAGAAGGGAUUGAUGAGGUUCUGGAUCAGCUGAAACGUUCAGUCUCAGGCCUGGACUCUGUGCUCCAACGUACUUUGCCAUGGGGAGUGGCAUUUCAUCAUGCAGGUCUUACUUUUGACGAACGGGACAUCAUUGAAGGAGCCUUCCGUCAGGGCUUGGUUAAAGUCCUUGCUGCAACCUCCACGCUCUCAUCCGGAGUGAAUUUGCCUGCCCGCCGAGUCAUCAUACGAACUCCCGUGUUUGGGGGCAAACUGCUGGACAUCCUCACCUACAAGCAGAUGUCUGGAAGGGCUGGCAGGAAAGGAGUCGACACAGAGGGUGAGAGCAUUUUAGUUUGCAAGCCCUCGGAAAGAUCAAAAGGAACUGCUCUACUUCAGGGAUCUCUCAAGCCUGUUCGCAGUUGUUUGCUUAGAAGAGAAGGGGAAGGUGUUGCUUCUAGCAUGAAAAGAGCAAUACUUGAGAUCAUUGUGGGGGGAAUGGCCAACACUCCAGAUGAUGUGCGGACCUACGCCUCUUGCACUCUCCUUGCGUCCAGCUUGAAAGAAGACAAGUGGGGAAAUGAGAAGACACCAGAGAAAGUGCAGGCUGGACCUAUCGAGGCUUGUGUGGCGUGGUUGCUGGAAAAUGAAUUCAUUCAGGUUCUGGACUCUGGCAACAAUGGGAAAGCAAAGUUUUAUCAUCCAACACAUCUUGGCUCAGCUACUCUUUCCUCUUCUCUUUCACCAACUGAAGCCAUGGAAAUCUUUGCUGACCUGCAGCGAGCUAUGAAAAGCUUUGUUCUGGAGAAUGAUCUGCACAUUGUCUAUUUG